CAAAGGUACCCGCAGCCAGCCCUGCUCUCGCUGCCCAGCCAAGCACCGCUGUUGGGCACUCGGUGUGGCAUCCUUCUCUUCCCUGCCCUUCCUAUUCCCGCAGCUGUUUUGGGAAACUGUCCACCCCAAAGACUGUGAAGGCUCCACUGUCGAGCUCGCUGAGGCCAUGACAGAAGGACAAUCCUACGACGCGGAGGCUGGUGCUGCUCUGCUGGAUAUGCUUGUGGAAAGCGAGAUCUCCACUUUGAAGCAGGUGCCCAGGAUUGUGCGGUGCAUCCACCAGUGGUUCAUGACCAACACGGACGAGUCAGUUGAGCACAGCCUGGACAACACCCUUGUGGAGCUCACCGACGCGCACCCCCAUGAUGUGGUGGUGGCCCUGCUGCGCUGUGCCCCAUCGUGCGACCGAGCCGCUGCAGCCAUGUGGAGGAUGAUGGUCACCACCAGCAUGACCACAAAGAAGGUGUUCCGGGAGCUGCUCUGCGUGCUGGAGGACUGGCCGCUGCACAGCACGUCCACCUGUGACGGGGACCAACAGGACGUCCUUGCCCUGGCUGCAACCAGGGCUCUGUGGGAGAUACUUCAAAUGCCCAGGUUCCCAAGAGGGCUGAAGGUGUAUUUCCCUCGCCUCCUCCUGGCUCUGCUCUUCCAAGUUGUGUACAGCACAGAGCAGAUGCCAGACGAGGUGGAUACUUUCUGGAGGGAAUGCCAGGAGGAAGGCGGCCUUCCCACCAGCCCCAGCAGGUUUAUAGUGCUGACUGUGAAAGCACUGCUCUGCCGUCUGGGCUAUAGGCUUGUAGCCUUUGAAGUGGAACGUAAGCGUGGCUGGGACACGCUCCUCCACGCUGAGACCCACCACUGCGCAAUGGGGCUGCUGGCCAGAGAGAUCCGUGUUGUCUCAAGACACCUCAAUGCCUCUGUGGUGUCCUACCUGGUCGAGCUGCUCAGCAGGAAUGAGCCCCGCUGUGAGCUCCCUGCCAUGGCGUUCCUUGUGGAGAUCCUGGCCUCCCCUGGCCCAAAUGUAAGAGCUGAGAGCUUCCUGCAGCUUGUCCCAAGAUACCUGCAGAGCACCUGCAGCAUGACGCGUUCCCUGCUGCUCAAAGGCCUCAACGUGAUCUGCGACACACCGUGGAUGGUCCCAAAAAUGCGGUUCCUGGUGCAAAGACUCACGGAUCUACUGCAAGACGCAGAUAUGGAUAUGGUCAGGAUGACCCUGUCUGUGCUCAGGAAGGUGGUCCGUGACCCGAGCGUCCCAAUUUCCACCCCCAUCGCACUGCAGCUGGCUGAGAGGCUCCAGCCACUCUUUGACAACGAGUCCUGGUAUGUGCGACAGCUCUCCGUCAGCAUCUUUAAAAAGGUGAUCGAGCGUGUAGCAAAUGAUGGAAAAAAGCUGCUGAAGACGCUUGUGCACCAGAGCCUGCUCCCCCUGAUCUUCCACGUGUUUGAUGAGAACAAGGCCGUGGCAGCGACCUGUAGGGAUACCCUGCUGCAAGCUACCGCUUUCCUGAAGAAGGAGAAGCUCAGGCAGGUGGUGUUAAGGGAUCAGCAGACAGAGGCGAUCGGCGAGUGCCUGCUGGUAGAGUGCCGCAGCAGAGCAGCAGAGUACCUGGGUCAGUCAUUGACGUACGUGCAGAGCCCACAGGACUCCAUACGAGAGGCAGCCGUCGCGUUCCUUGGUGAGGCACAACCCCCCAGCCAGGGUCCCUCCCAGCCGUGCUGCAGCUCAGCCCCAGCCCCGGGUGCUGCACGGGCAGCAGGAUUCGGCCCAGUGGCUCUGGAGCCGCCACUGCCCGAUGUGGGGUGCACGGGGCUCCCCGCCGCCCUCUCCCUCCCCUGCCCUUGGGCAUCACGCUUGGGGCAGAGCCCGGGCUCAGCCCUGCCAGGGGCAGGGGCGCCUGUGGCCGGGCUGCUGUGGGGGAGCUGCGCUGCUGGGGCGAGCAGGAGCGGUGACGGGCUGUGUGUUUCCAGGGGUCCUUGGGCAGCACAUGAGGGCUCAGCCGGAGAAGUUCCGGCUCAUCUACCACACCGUUCAACACGCGACAAAGGACAGCAGCCCCUACGUCCAACGCCAGGCACUUCACACUCUGCCCCUGCUCAGAGCUGCAGCGGCAAGUGGCUCCUCCAGAUCCAGGCUGCAGGAACUGCAGAGCCAACUCCGCCAGGCGUGGAGGAGGCGGCGGCCUUCUCUCUGGGGCAAUGGCUGGCUGUGCUGCUGGGGCUCCGCACAGGACUGAUCCCAGCACCACCAUGUGCUCUUCCCUGAAUAAACAGUUUAUGGAGUGUCUGAACCUGCAGAUCUCGAGUUACUGCUCUUCUGCCCUUCUGUCUCCAACCAGUGGGUCUUGCUUUGGCAUGGGAGAAGAAGAGAAAAAGGGUUCUUGUGCUCAGCAACAACAGUUGCCCAGGCAUGCAGCGUGGUAGGAAAAGUGACCAGAAAGCCCUUUGCCCCUUGCUUCAUCUGCUGAAGCCUCUAAUGCUUCCGACAAAGCCCUUGCGCAGAGCCCGGAGUUGUGGGGAUCCCUGAAAAACUCGUCCUGGGAGAUGUCCACAAAUACUCUUCCAGCCGUGACCUGCCAUUUGCUUCUUGCUGACGGGAUAGUUGAGGGGUCCGAGUUGCCUCUUUAACCGGCUCCGGUUUCCUGUUUCCAGGCAAAAUGCUGCCAUUUGUGUCAAAAUCAGUGUUUAAAAUCUAUUUUGUUUUUCAAAGGGAGCUGUUACGGCAUUCUCUCCAGAAUUUGAAAUUUAGUUUUGAUGUCCUCUACCUCCUGUGCUCUACACAUUAUGUUUUGUCAAUCUACAGGUUUUUAUCCUUUGUUUCUGCACAAGUGUUUCUCCCAGCUCUAGGAAAUGUCCCGGUGCUCUUCCUGUGUUUUCCUUGUACUGUUUCCUAGCGUCUUUUUUUGAAGAGAUGUGUUUGAAACCCUGAGUAAUGCAUCUUUGUGCCUUAGUAGCAAGCACUGAGCCCAAGUGAUUUAAAGCAAAGAUGGCCGGAGCUCUCUGCCUCUCUGGGGCUGGGAUGUCAGGGGGGUUGGUUGCUGCAGGAAGGCUGUUUACCCUGCAUUCUUCCUAAAUUGCAGUGGAGGCACAAGCCGUGGUGUACCCACGGUGUACCCAUGCCCAGGGGUUCAUCAGUCUCAGCCUGAGAAAUCUGAGCACUGCUCUAGGAGAGCAGCACACGAGUUUGACACUUUAGCACAGGAUUUUGAUACGGUAGCACGGGAGUUUGCUACCGGUUGUUUGCUUUUUCCCCAUGACCGUUUGCCCUGAGGCAAAGCUCUUUCAGGCCCCAAAGCCCCAUCUCCCUGGCACUCUAGUCAGUCCCCAGGGUUAUGCGCCAGUCUUAUGGCUUUGCCCGAAAAUCUCACCAAAAGCAUCACCUUUACUAGAUGGGAUUAAUUGCUUCAGUUGCACCUACUCCUCUGGAGCCAUCUGUUUGCAAGUAGCUACAUUCUCCCUGAUGUUGCUCUGGUAGAGCCCUGAGUCUUUGGACAAGCUCGUGGAUAAAACAUGGGGUUCCAUGAAGCACAGGAGCUAUUCCUCAAAGGCUUCCCAUGGGGAACUGAGGUGCAUCGGGGUUUGCUGGAUCUUUAAGAUCACAGCCAGAAGGGGCAGCUCUAAGCAGUGCCAGUGUGAGCGCUGUAGCCUGGUGCUGGUGGUGGGGACAGCGGACGUGGGAAUUGGGAGAAAUUAAACUAGAUGGAUAAACGUGUGUUGGCCAGCACAAGGCACUGCAGGUUGCCCAGUUUUUAUCCUUUGUUUCUGCACAAGUGUUUCUCCCAGCUCUAGGAAAUGUCCCAAUGCUCUUCCUGUGCUUUUAGACCCACAUUGGGUCAGAGGUCCGGUUUGGAGUCGUGUUGGCGCAUUGCGGAGCAGUGGAGUGGAGCGGAGCGUGGGUCCUCCAGCCAGCUUCACGGCCAGAGCCGCUGAAGCUGGAACUGGAGCUACUGUACCUGAGCCACAGCAUCUCCAGGGGGUUAGCCCAUACCUGGGGUGUUGGAGACUUGGAUGUAAACCCAGUUCUGGCCAAUCAUGAACACCGAGGAGAUGUGCUGCUUCGUUAUUGCCCAAGUAGGAACCCGUUUUCACCUUCAAAAGUGAUCAAGCCUGAAAAUCAGCAGUUGAAGCCUGUGGGUUGCUGUCUUGGAGGUAAUGCAUUGAGGUGCAAACAAUGCAUUUUUGGCAGUAUUAUGGAUAGUAGCGAGCUUUGCUGUGGGAAGACGAGCAAUACUGUGGCCUAGCGGUCUCCUCGGAAAAGACCUGGAUGCUUCCAGAGGUUGCUGCCUCUUCCAGAUGCCGGAGGAACAAACCUUGCAAGCUGCACCAGCCGGGCUUUGAUAACUCAGCUUCACAGGUGACUGGAGCCCUCCUGUCUGCUUGUCACUAAACCCAGGAGUGCUCCUGUGGCCUCUGCCAGCCCGACAAGGCUUCUGUGGUCGUCCUCUAACUGAGGCUUAGGCUGCCCUGUUGUGAAGCUACAAGGAAUUUAAUUACAUGUGGUCAGAUUUUGCAGGUGCUUGGACCUUUGAGAUCAAUCUUGGCUUGUUCGUGUUGCAAAAAUUCUCUGUGGCUGUAGCUGAAUACAUGCAUAUGUGUUUGCAGGAUCGAGGGAAAGCUGCUCACACUAUAUACCUUUUCUUGAGAUCAUUUCUGCCAUUAGGUGAAAUGAAGACACGUUUCUAAGGGGCUCAGUCUGUUGAUAAAUGAAGUCCAUUGAUAAUUUCCAGCGAAUAAUUUUUACCCAUCUUUCUGAAGUGCUCAUUCAAAAGUUGGUGUCUCUCUGGAUUUUUUUGGAUUACUUGGAAAGUAUUAGCUCAAACUAUUUUUUUUAUAAGGUCACAAAUAUGAGCAAUAUAUUUAACUAUUAUUAUAGACAUAGUUUUUUAAGCUGUUCAAAUGAACAAUUAAAAUUAAAGUGUAAAGGAAAUAUGUUCCAUGCCAAAACCUUUUGACGAAGGAAUGGUGUCAGGUUAUUUAUGAGGAAUGAGUGCUCUUGUUUAUAAUUCCAGAAUUUUAAAAAGUAAGAAGUUUUCCAGGGUUGUAUGCAAUCCAUAUCUGUCUUCUGGGAGUCAAUAAAACACUGCUUGGCUUCCUUCA